GUUACCAUCUUCGCCUUGAUGUGUGAAUUGUGUGCGUAUGCAUGCGUGUGUGUUAUUGUAUGCAUUCAUGUUUGUGUGUGUGUGUGUGUGUGUGUGUGUGCCCUUGCAGGGAGUUUUGGUCGCUGGAAGGUGAACAGUUUAGCCUUGGAGAGACAGGAGAAUAAUGGGCUCCCCCUACCUCUGGACCCCGAGUUCCUGCGCACUAUCAGGCAGCUGGGCAGGAGACCCAGCCUUGGCUCCAUCACCGACGCCAUCAUCAGGAAGUACGGGACGCACUUCCUGCUCUCCGCCACCUUGGGAGGGGAAGAGUCGCUCAUGAUCUUCGUGGACAAGCGCAGGCUGAGCAAGACGGCGGAGGCGACUGAGGCCAACGGCACGGCGGUGACCCUGGAGGCCCUGCACCAGCUGGCGGCCUCCUACUUCAUCGACAGAGAGAGCACCCUGCGCAAGCUGCACCAUAUCCAGAUCGCCUCCACCGCCAUCAAGGUUACUGAAACAAGGACGGGGCCUCUCGGAUGCAGUAACUAUGACAACCUCGACUCUGUCAGUUCCGUUCUGGUUCAGAGCCCUGAAAACAAGAUUCAUUUGCAAGGCCUGCAGGCCAUACUGCCAGGGCACCUGCGGGCGCGCUUCGUGCAGGCUGCGCUCAGCUACAUUGGCUGCAACGAGGAGGGCCAGCUCGUGUGUCGGGAGAGGGACUGCUGGUGCGAGUGCAGUGCCGAGUACCCCAGGUGUAACUGCCCUGAGGUGGACCUCAGAGCCAUGGAAGCCGGCCUGGUGCACCUCAGAGACUCCUGGACCUUGGCCAACCAGGACUUUGAGGAGUCGGACGAUUUCCAGAACUUUGUCCGGAAGCUGCCCACCUUCUACGCCUUGAACACCUCUGCCAUCCAGUACUUGUGGAGGAUGGAGCCAGCCAUACACCAGCGCUACAAGCAGCUGGAGCUCAGCACCCAGCAGUUCCUGGGCAAAGCCCGGCGCAUCGUCAAGAAACUCUUCGUGCUCAGCAAGAGGUGUCGAACGCAGCCAAAGAUUAUUACGCUGAGGGAGAGGCCCUUCAGCUACUGGCUGGGCUACAUCCUCUCCAUCCUGUACUGCAGCGAGAACAGCCACCUGGGCUCCUACCUGGAGGAGACCCGCAGCUGUGCCUGCCCCUACGAGCGCCCGUCCUGCCAGGGCCUGAUCCCCUGCGCGGUGGGCGAGGGCGCCGGCUGCGCCUCCUGCUCCUACGAGAACCGCUCGCGCUGCGCCGCCUGCAACCCAGGCUUCAUGCUGAGCCAGGGCCUGUGCCGCAACGAGGCGCCCGACUCCACGGACCACUACAUCGGCUUCGAGACGGACCUGCAGGACGCGGAGCUGCGCUACCUGCUGGAGCGCCGUGACAGCCGCAUCGGCGUGCACGGCAUCUUCGUCAGCAACGACGUGCGGCUCAACAGCUGGUUCGACCCGUCGUGGCGCAAGAGGAUGCUGCUGACGCUCAAGAGCAACAAGUACAAGUCCAACCACGUGCACAUGCUGCUGGGCAUGUCCCUGCAGGUGUGCCUCACCAAGAACAGCACCCUUGAGCCCCUGCUGUCCGUGUACAUCAAUCCCUUCGGCGGGAGCCACUCGGAGAGUUGGAUCAUGCCCAUCGACCAGAACAGCUACCCGGACUGGGAGAGGACUAGACUCGAGGGCCCGUUGGACUGCUACAACUGGACUUUAACGCUGGGGAACAAGUGGAAGACCUUUUUCGAGACGGUGCACUUUUACCUGAGGAGCCGGAUCAAGGCGCCGGCCGCCAGCGGGAACGGCUCCGUCUACUAUGAGCCCCUGGACUUCCUGGAGCCGGGAAGCAACUUUGGCUACAUGAAGAUCAACAGCAUCCAGGUGUACGGCUACAGCAUGCACUUUGACCCCGACGCCAUCCAGGACCUGAUCCUGCAGCUGGACUACCCGUACACUCAGGGAUCACAGGACUCGGCGCUGCUGCAGCUGGUGGAGAUCCGAGACCGGGUCAACAGACUGUCCCCGCCGGGGCCCCAGAUCCUGGACCUGUUCUCUUGCCUGCUAAGACAUCGGCUCAAGCUGUCCACCGCAGAUGUGAUGAGGAUCCAGGCAGCGCUGCAGACGUUCAGCGCUAAGCAGCCCAACACGAGGGAAUACGAAACAACCAAAUUAUGUAGUUAAAGACAGUUGGGUGUAAGGGAGACAUGGUUUGGGUUGCCAGUCGCACAGAUGGCUGUGCAGUUCUCAACGCAAUCCAACAAUAAUGCAAAGAGGGGACAUUUGGUGAUUUGAACUCAUUUCCGUUGCAAAAUCGCAGCAGUGCGAUUUGGGAUUGUUAUGUCAUGGCUCAUGAGAAUUUGUACAACCAUGUAGUGUUAAAGGAGGACUUCCACCACAUCCAGAUCACCUGUUUUUCUCUUCAUGAUAAAAUAAAAUAACUUGACAGUUACAAAGCUCGACCUUAUCAACUUUAUCGUCACUUACAAUGUUGCCUAUGUGCUCAAGUUUGUAGAAAAUGCACAACAUUUUUAACCAGUUACCAAUGUAAAAUAAAGCUUUUGCUGUUAAAUAUUAUCCAAGCAAUGUGUUAAAUUCCCUCUAUACAUAUUUUAAACCAGCAUGUUUAUAUCUUCAUUUUAUAUGUGUUUUUUUUCUUUUUUAAAUGAUCAUAUUCAUAAUUUGGAGCAUUUCUGUUUUUUGUAUUUCAGAACAUGUGCUGAGAAGAAAUGUAUUACUUAAUUUCCUUACCUGUCCCAAGUUUAGCAAAUAAUAAUUUUAUAUUUUGAAAACAGCAAAUUCACAUUUUCUUCAACAUAUUUGUAAAAGAAAUGCGUAAAUAUUGUAUUACUCAAUGAUGAUGAAAUUACACCUUAAUCCCAAGAGCCAUGUUAAUGGCCACCUAUGUUACAUGUGCUUUUAUUUUUAUAAUACUGUCAUUUGUGAAAUAGCGGUUCCAAGCAAUGUCUAUAAAAUGUACAAAACAAUUUGUUAAUACACAAAAAUAACAUUUUUAUGUGUGUCUGUAAAUAAAUAAAAGUUUAUUAUGUGACACGUA